UACGACAGCUGGGAGCCGCGCGAGAGAGAGAGGACAGAGCGCGAGAGGCGGCUGUGCCUGCACGCUUCGCACAAAGUUUCUGCAGCAUGGGAGACAAGAGGAGUCCGACGAGGCCGAAACGGCAAGCGAAGCCCUCCUCUGACGACGGCUACUGGGACUGCAGCGUGUGUACAUUCAAGAACAGCGCCGAAGCGUUCAAAUGCAUGAUGUGCGAUAUCAGGAAGGGAACGUCAACGCGGAAACCUCGUCCUGUUCCCCAACUGGUAGCCCAGCAAGUCACACAGCAGUUUGCUUCACCCACACAGCCUAAGAAGGAGAAAAAGGAAAAGACUGAGAAGGACAAGAAUGAGAGAGCACCAACACUGAAAAAGAACAGCCACAAGAAAAUGAGGCCCAGGUUAAAAAAUGUGGACCGGAGUAGCGCACAGCAUCUGGAAGUGACAGUGGGAGAUCUGACGGUUAUCAUAACAGACUUUAAGGAGAAAACUAAGCCCUCUUCCAGCUCGUCCUCCAGCGCAACAUCUGGAGACCACCACAGCCAGAGUGGAUCCAACUCAGACAACACAGAGAAGGGGAUCUCCAGAUCCUCGUCCCCGCGAGGGGAGGUUUCCUCACUCAACGGAGAGUCUCACUAGGAACCCGUGGAGUAUGAACAUUACUUCCAGUCUCCUGCAUCUAAUAUAUCCAUUUUAAACAAACAAACACAGGAGCGCGCUUACGUUUGUCAAGACUUAACGAGACAGACUUAACCCAGCAAUAUAAGCCAUCUCUCACUACUACCACAGUUAUAGGAUCUGGAACAUAGGAUUUCACCAUGAUAUUCUUGUUCUGAUUUGUUACAAUGCCUAGUAGGUCAGCUCGAGAUAAACUGUAGAGUUUGUAAGCAAAUUUGAAUUUGAUGACAUUUAGACAGUUUAAUUAACAUGGUCUUAUUAAUUUAGAUAAGUGUUGUUGUCUGUUUGGAUGUGGACAGUGACACCCGUUCAUGUUCUCUUCACUAUAGUUUUGUAAACCAUUUUUUAAAACCAGUCUGUAAUUGUUGCAACAGCACCCAUUACAUCCUGGGAAUUGACCCUGGGGCUUAAAAACAUGUUGAUUCAGCUAGAACGUUGUAGUGAACAUACUUGCUUUUGCAUUAAUGACAGUUGCAGCAGUUGCGUAUUGAAACUUUAAUAUACUUUCAAUGCAUUACGGGGUGGGCGUUAAGACCUCUAUGAAUGACUGUGAUCGAAACAGUACUUCCUUUUUCAAUUGUUUGUUGCACCUGCUGGUACUUUUGUACAGUUUAACGAAAAACCCAUCAAACGCAGAAAUUCAUUGUUUAUUUGUUCUUGUUCAUGCCUUUUUAUUUGACACUUGUCAUGGUAGAUUGCAUCACAUUUGUGCGGCUAGUUGUUCUACCAGCGCUGUUUUGUGUUAGAUUGUCUUUAUAUAAUUCUGUUAAUUCCAUGAGAAACAUAACAUUUUUUGACAACAAAAAAGACAAAUGAAUUUGUAAGAUGUUAAAUUCAUCCCCUACUUUAUGAUGAAUGGUGGUAUAUAAAUAUUGCAGUAUAGGAAAUAUCUCUUAAUAAAAUUUAAGAUUUAGACUCA